AUGAAGGCAAGUGAAAUACUGAUGCAAAGAAAUGCAGCAGAUCUUGGAAAAAUAAGAGAGCUGUUCCAGAAAUACGGCUACAAACCACAUGUCAAAGACUCUACAGAAGAGGAAGUUAACAGUGAUUCAACGGUGUCUGUCCAGAAUAAGCCUGAUGAAGAAAAAACAGAUGAUGUACCUCAUCUUCCUGCUUGUACUGAGAAGCCACUGGUCCCCAAAGACCCGCUGCGUAACCCCCAGCUUUCUGAUUUUGGUCUGUCACAAUAUGCUUUCUCCAGGCCUUGGAGUGCAGUGAAAGGACAACACGCAACAAAUGCGCGUCAAGAAAAUUCGAACCGAACUCCUCUAAAUACGCAGAGCCCCUGUAUUUUGCCCAAAACACAAAAAUGUAUGCUAAAGAUGGAUGAUUUUGAGUGUGUAACACCAAAACUUGAACAUUUUGGCGUUAGUGAACAUACCAUGUGCAUGAAUGAAGAUUUUACGAUGUCGCUUAUUCGUAAAGCUGCUCAGACAAGCAAGAAGUUGGUUAAAGAUGACUGUGAACUGAAUGUACCAGAAAUGAUAUCCAGGAAAAUCAUGGUUACACCUGGGUCAAAACCACAACUGACGGCUGAGAAUGCAGCUGACUGGAUGGCUUCUCCUAUGAUACUUGUGUUCUGUACUCCUGAUGUGAAAACCCCUUCCAGAACAAACAGCACAUUAUCAAGGUCACCAGAGACAAAUGAACUGCCUCUUCCCACUCAUACACAAACACCGCAGUUUCCAGAUUUUGAAACAAGAUGGCUAAAGACAGAAGCUAAGGUACAGGGGGAAAAGAUUGAGUCAGUGACCAAGAAUGAAGCAACAGAUAAACAAUUUGUAGAAGAUCGUAUUCCUUUUGCUGUGAGCUCUGAUGAGUAUCUUAAACAUUUUGAAGACCCUUCUCCUCCCAAAAUAAAACACUAUGAUCAGUUACUUAAUACUCCUCCACCUCCAGAAAUAACAAGGAUACCAGAUGAUGUUCUACAGAUUCUGUCCAAGUACAAUCAUAAAGUAGAGUCUUCUAAAGCCAAGGAAAUGGAGACCAAGGCAGGAAAUACUACAAGAUAUGAAAGUGGUUUUAUGGAUUACUGCAACAAAGAGAACAGGUAUGAUUAA